UCAUUGCGUCGACGCUGACGUGGCGGCUGGGUGGGAAGCGCUUCCCGGUUGUUGUGCUAAGCCGGGGUCCUCCAUUCACUGGAGAUACCUGUACAGUGACCAACAAUUAAAAAUACCUGUACUAUAAAAUCAAAAGUCGAGCAUUUGGUCGUUUUGUGUGUGUUUUGAAAUAAAGAGGUAGCCGGUUGACUCAGGCGCUGACUGCUGGCAGCCAUGGAAACGUGUGGCAACUCGAACAAGAAACAGAAGCUAGCCAACGCUGCUGAAAACUGGGGAAUGCAACGUGCGACUAAUGUCACCUAUCAAGCUCAUCAUGUCAGUCGAAACAAGCGCGGGCAGGUUGUGGGCACAAGAGGAGGAUUCAGAGGGUGCACCGUCUGGCUGAGCGGUUUGUCGGGUGCAGGUAAGACCACAGUGAGUAUGGCACUGGAGGAGUACCUGGUGUGUCACGGUAUUCCCUGCUACUCACUAGAUGGGGACAACAUCCGCCAGGGGUUGAACAAAAAUCUAGGCUUCAGCCCUCAGGACCGCGAAGAGAACAUUAGACGCAUCGCUGAGGUGGCUCGGCUUUUUGCUGAUGCUGGGCUGGUCUGCAUCGCCAGCUUCAUCUCUCCCUACGGCAGGGACCGCCUCAACGCCAGGAAGAUCCAUGAGGCGGCAGGGCUUCCUUUCUUUGAGGUGUUUGUGGAUGCUCCACUGGAUGUCUGUGAGCAGAGGGACGUGAAAGGGCUGUACAAGAGAGCCAGAGCCGGGGAGAUAAGAGGUUUCACAGGGAUAGACUCAGAGUACGAGAAGCCGGAGGCUCCAGAGCUGGUGCUGAAGACCGACUCCUGCAGCGUGAACGACUGCAUACAGCAGCUGGUGGACCUGCUUCAGGAGAGGGAUAUAGUUCCUGUUGAUGCUUCUUAUGAUGUGAAAGAGCUGUACGCGCAGGAGAACAAACUGGACCUGGCUAAAGCUGAUGCAGAGACUCUGCCUGCUGUACAGAUUGGGAAGGUGGACAUGCAGUGGGUGCAGGUGCUGGCUGAAGGCUGGGCCACUCCUCUGAACGGCUUCAUGAGAGAGAGAGAGUAUUUGCAGUGUCUUCACUUCGACUGUCUGCUGGACGGUGGCGUCAUCAACUUGUCGGUGCCCGUGGUGCUGCCGUUGUCCACUGCAGAUAAAGAGCGUUUAGACGGAGUGACUGCCAUGGCUUUGGUCUACCAGGGCAAGCGAGUGGCCAUCCUCCGCAACCCCGAGUUUUAUGAACACCGCAAAGAAGAACGGUGCGCUCGCCAGUGGGGCACCACGUGCAAGGACCACCCCUACAUCAAGAUGGUGAUGGAAAGUGGGGACUGGCUGGUCGGGGGAGACCUGCAGGUUCUGGAUAAGAUCUACUGGCACGACGACCUCGAUCAGUACCGGCUGACGCCCACUGAGCUGAAACAGAAGUUUAAAGAAAUGAACGCAGAUGCUGUAUUCGCCUUCCAGCUCCGCAACCCAGUCCACAACGGUCAUGCUCUUCUGAUGCAGGACACCCACAAGCGCCUGCUCGAGCGAGGCUACCGCCGGCCCGUUCUGCUUCUGCACCCGCUGGGAGGUUGGACCAAGGACGACGACGUGCCGCUGCCCUGGAGGAUGAAGCAGCACGCCGCGGUGCUGGAGGAGGGCGUCCUGAACCCAGACUCUACCAUCGUGGCCAUCUUCCCUUCACCCAUGAUGUAUGCCGGGCCAACUGAGGUUCAGUGGCAUUGCAGAUCUCGGAUGGUGGCCGGAGCCAACUUCUACAUCGUGGGCCGCGACCCCGCCGGCAUGCCGCACCCCGACACGGGGAAGGAUCUGUACGAGCCCACUCAUGGCGCCAAGGUGCUCACCAUGGCUCCGGGCCUCAUCACCCUGGAGAUCGUUCCCUUUAAGGUCGCCGCUUACAACAAGGUCAAAAGAGCAAUGGACUUUUACGACCCCAAAAACAAGCAAGAUUACGAUUUCAUCUCAGGCACACGAAUGCGUAAGAUGGCUCGCGAGGGAGAGAAUCCUCCCGACGGCUUCAUGGCCCCGAAGGCCUGGGCUGUGCUGAAGGAUUACUAUAAAUCACUGGAGAAGGAUUAAAGGUGGAUCAAACAUAAAUAAACAGUGAUGUUUACCAGGAUUCAUGUGGGGACCACUGAUCUUCUGUCAAAGACCACGCUCUUCUGUCUGUGUCACUUUCACAUCAACUGUCUAUCAUGUUACUUCGCUCAGUUGUUUUUAGUCUUACGACAUUACUGUUUUAAAUAUGUACUUUUUUUAAUCAACUAAACUCCCUCUGAUGGUGAAAUAUAGUAGGAGAGGUCAGUAUUCUGCUGAAUUAGUAAUUAAAAAAAACUAAACAUUUCUUUACAAUAGAUGUUUGUGUUUCUCACUAACUUUGUAUAUUCUGAUGACUGGUUAGAAAAGCAUUCUGUAAAAAUUCAAAGAUCAAGACCUGUAUGGAAAGUACUGUUGACCAGUAUUUGAAUAGAAAGGGGAUGAAUGUUGAGUAUUAAUGAUGUCCAAAUUAAAAAGAAAAGUUGCUUUGUACUGUAUGUUUGCAUGUGGCAGUGUAUCUAAUGUAAAAGUCGAGUGCCUUGGUCUUCUGAAAGUGACUUCACAUGAUGUCUUGUUUGAAUUAGGACACACACACACCUGCUUCUUGUCACACUUGACUUUAUGCUGCACUGAAAUGGUCCAUUAGUUCAUGUAAUGGUCUGCAAAACAAAUCAGUAUUAAAUAUGUUUUAUAAGGAUAUGCAACCCGAACCUUCCCAAGCUUCUAGGAAACAUUUUUUAACCUUUAUAUUUGUCAGAGUUAGUCUAUUUAUUCCGUUCUAACAGUACAUUUUUCUUUUUAACCCUUGUGCAUGUAGUUGUGGUGCUUUUAAAUCUCUCUACAGUCCUGCUAUUUUGUUACAUUUUCAUCAUUAUCAUGAUUGUGUUUUUUUUCUCUCGUGGGUUGCUAAUAUUUUCCGUAUGGUGAUUCUCUUUUAAGAGUUUCACUGUAUAAUCAGAUGGUUGAUGGUUGCCACCAAGGGAUCAGAUUUGUAAUCUUCCUUGUCCAAUAAACCAUUUUUAGCAAAAGAA